AUGACCGAUUCUGCUGCCCCUCCCGCGCCCAGCCGACCCUCCAGUGCCCGCGUCCAUGAGUCCCAUCUGCCCGACCCGCACGCCGACGAGCGGGAGGCCCUUGAGCUGCACGAGAUUCAAACCCGCGAGGACGACGAGCUCAACUACUCCUCCCCCUCGGCCUCAUCGGGCGAGGAAAUCCGCGUCACAACUCGGCGCACCCGAUCCCGCGCCAGCAUCCCCGCCACCGACCGUAAAGGGCCCUGGGGCCGCGUCUGUCGCUUUUGGACACAUCAUGUCACCCUGACCGUCCCCCAGAAGAGCAACCGCGACCAUUUCGCGCUAGAACGAACAUUCCUCGCCUACAUCCGCACCUCCGUGGUCAUCGCCAUGCAAGGGGUUCUGGUCGCCCAGCUGUUUCGCCUCCAACGGACCGGUGUCAAAGAGGACCGCCUGCGAUUCUACCAGGUCGGCAUCCCGCUCUCCGUCACCUGCCAUUGCGUCGCCAUCGUCGUGGCGGUGAUCGGCGCCUACCGGUUUUGGCGACAACAGAGCGCCAUCUCACGCGGCAAGGUCCAUGCGGGCGGCUGGGAGCUCAAUUCCGUCGGGAUACUGUUGUUUCUGGUGAGUCGCCCGUCGCGGCACAGAACCCGCCAUCCCCUGCCCAGAAGUGCGCGCUAA